AUGGACUUGUCGAAUUUAUCGAGUACUUUACCGAAAUCGAAGCCGCUAUAUCGCAAAUCUGACGAAGCAAGCAGGCUUCAAUCUAGCGAUCACAAUUAUUUGCAAGCAUCAUCGUCAUCUCAAUCAACGGUUAGUGAUUUUAAUCAAAAUCUCACUUCAAACUUCAAGGACGCUGCUAAAGCCGUUGCAUCCCUAUAUAAUACUGCUUUAAAUGUAAGGAAAAACCCAGAUUCAGGACAAUUUGAGAAAUCUAUUUUAAAAACCGAAUUUUCCAACGCUGCGAGGUCAGUUGCCGCUUUAUACAAAUUGGGCCAUUCAACACAUGCUGUUUCUCAGGAAAGAGGGUAUUUGGAAUGCAUUGAUGAUCUUUUACAAGUCAUCACUAAUAACGAAGAUAUUGAAAAUUGGGCGCUUACAAGAAGAGCCGAGAUAACCAAUACAAAAAGAAAAGAUUUGCAUGAUUCUUCACCACCAAUCGUAAAUACAACAACAACAACGACGACGACGACGACGACACCUAUUCUUAGUAGUCCCAGUGAUACUACAGCAAGUGAAACUGAGGAUUUCAAACUCCCGCAUGAUUUUGUUUUUCAGUAUAACCUGGAUUUGAAGCCUCCUGUGGCAAUAAGACCAAGUAUACCGCCUAUUUCAGUGCAACACAAUGCUGGUCAAAGAAACUUGAUUGUCAGCAAGAAAAACAAACGUCAUCAGCAAAUGUAUAAGAAACUUCACUCUUCAGAAGAUUCAAGUGAAAGUGAACUUGACGAUAAUAAUAAUAAUAAUAAUAAUACUAAUAUCAAUACCAAUACCAAUAUCAAUAUCAAUACCAAUACGAAUGCUAAUACUAAUGCCAAUAAGCGAGUCAAAAUCUUUAAAGACCACGUUAUCAGUCCCAUCAAGAAGAAGAAGAAGAAGAUGAGCAAAGGGUAA